AUGGAGGAGAAGCCAGCUAUCUCCAAAGUCAGUAAUGGCUCGGACUCGGAUUCGCUGUCCACAGCAGGUGCCUACGACCACCACCGGGAACGGAUCAGAGAUGCGAACCCUCAGGGGGUGACCUCGCAUCCGACUGGUGUCGACGUCGGCAGGGCCGAGCAGGAAUUCUCCGAUCUGAACCGGCAGUUCUCCAGCAUCUCACACCAAGCCCAUCGGCUGUCCAAGCAGAUCUCACGAGUGUCCAAGACAGGCGUGACGGCGGCGGAUGUCGAGAGGUCUGCCAGUUCCGCAGACUCGGACGAAUCAUGGGAUCUUGAGACGACUCUGCGCGGCAAUCAGGCGGCGGAGAUGGCAGCGGGGAUUAGGAAUAAGCGCAUAGGCGUUAUAUGGGACAAUCUCACCGUCCGUGGCAUGGGAGGCGUCAAGACAUAUAUCAAAACGUUCCCGGAUGCGAUCAUCGACUUCUUUAACGUCCCAGAGACCAUUAUGCAUAUGAUGGGGUAUGGCAAGAAAGGGGAGGAGUUCGAUAUCCUCAAAAACUUCCGGGGCGUGAUCAAGCCUGGUGAGAUGGUGCUCGUCCUUGGGCGUCCGGGGUCUGGCUGCACCACGUUCCUGAAAGCAAUCACGAACCAGCGAUUCGGCUUCACCAGUAUCGACGGCGAUGUGCUCUACGGCCCCUUUGACGCCGAAACCUUCGCCAAGAGAUUCCGCGGCGAGGCUGUCUACAACCAAGAGGACGACGUGCAUGAGCCGACGCUCACGGUCAAGCAGACCCUAGGCUUCGCAUUGGACACGAAAACACCCGGCAAACGGCCUAUGGGAGUCUCCAAGGCCGAAUUCAAAGAGCGAGUCAUCGACAUGCUGCUCAAGAUGUUCAAUAUCGAGCACACCGCCAACACUGUCAUCGGAAAUCAGUUCAUUCGAGGCGUGUCCGGAGGAGAGAGGCGGCGAGUCAGUAUCGCCGAGAUGAUGGUCACAUCUGCCACGGUCCUCGCUUGGGACAACAGUACCCGUGGGCUGGACGCGUCAACCGCUCUGGACUUUGCGAAAUCAUUGAAGAUUCUCACCAACAUCUACCAGACUACGACAUUUGUGUCUCUGUACCAGGCCUCCGAAAACAUUUACAAGCAGUUCGACAAGGUGCUGGUAAUUGACAGUGGCCGACAGGUUUUCUUCGGUCCAACGUCUGAAGCAAGAUCGUAUUUCGAAGGCCUGGGGUUCAAGGAGAAGCCUCGCCAGACCACUCCUGACUAUCUCACCGGCUGCACUGAUCCAUUCGAGCGAGAGUACAGGGACGGUCGAAGUGCGGAUAACGUCCCCUCGACCCCGGAUACACUUGCGGAAGCGUUCGACAAGUCUCCUCACAGCGAGAAACUCACGGAGGAGAUGGAAGCCUACCGCAAGAAAGUGGAGCAAGAAAAACACAUUUACGACGACUUCGAGAUCGCUAACAGGGAAGCGAAGCGCACAUUCACCCCCAAAACAUCGGUCUAUUCAAUCCCCUUCCACUUGCAGAUCUGGGCCCUAAUGCAACGCCAGUUCCUGAUCAAGUGGCAGGAUAAGUUUGCUCUCACGGUAUCCUGGAUCACCUCCACCGGCGUCGCCAUCAUUCUGGGUACCGUCUGGUUGAAGUCUCCCCAGACCAGUGCAGGUGCUUUUACCCGAGGUGGCUUGUUGUUCAUUAGUUUGCUCUUCAAUGGUUUCCAGGCAUUCGCCGAGCUCGCAUCUACAAUGAUGGGCCGCUCGAUCGUAAACAAACAUCGGCAGUUCACCUUCUAUCGGCCCAGCGCGCUCUGGAUAGCACAAGUUCUGGUGGACACCUCGUUUGCCAUCGCACGAAUCCUCGUCUUCAGUAUCAUUGUCUACUUCAUGUGUGGUUUAGUCCUCGACGCAGGAGCCUUCUUCACCUUCGUUCUGAUCAUCCUACUCGGGUAUCUCUGCAUGACGUGCUUCUUCCGAGUCAUUGGCUGCAUGUGCCCAGACUUUGACUACGCCAUGAAGUUUGCCUCCGUAGUCAUUACUCUGUUCGUUCUAACGUCCGGUUAUCUCAUCCAAUGGCCAAGCGAGCAGGUUUGGCUGCGAUGGCUGUACUACGUCAACCCGUUCGGACUGGGGUUUGCAUCCUUGAUGGUCAACGAAUUCAAGCGUUUGACCAUGACAUGCACCGAAGACUCUCUGGUGCCUAGCGGUCCUGGGUACGACGACAUGCAGAGUCGAGUCUGCACUCUUGCUGGGGGCGAACCGGGCUCGGUCAUCAUCCCCGGUGCCAGCUACCUCGCCAAAACCUUCAGCUAUCUCCCCGCCGACCUCUGGCGGAAUUUUGGCAUCAUGAUUGCAUUGACAGGAGGUUUCCUCACCGUCAAUCUGUAUCUGGGCGAGACAUUGCAAUUUGGUGCUGGAGGCAAGACUGUCACUUUCUACCAAAAGGAGAACAAGGAGCGCAAGGAGCUGAACGAAGCUUUGAUGGAGAAGCGAGCCAACCGACAGUCUAAGUCCCUCAAUGAAUCAGGUACUAAUUUGAAGAUUACGUCCGAGUCUGUCUUUACCUGGGAAGAUGUCUGUUACGACGUGCCCGUCCCGUCUGGCACUCGCCGUCUUCUCCAGUCCGUGUACGGGUAUGUCCAGCCAGGGAAGCUGACAGCGCUGAUGGGCGCCUCGGGUGCGGGUAAAACCACCCUCCUGGAUGUCCUCGCCGCUCGGAAGAACAUUGGCGUGAUCAGCGGCGAUAUCCUCGUCGACGGCGCCGCCCCGCCAGGAAGCUUUCUGCGCACUGUAUCGUAUGCAGAGCAGCUAGACAUCCACGAGCCCAUGCAGACCGUGCGCGAGGCACUGCGCUUCUCGGCCGAUCUUCGCCAGCCGUAUGACACGCCUCAGUCCGAAAAGUACGAGUACGUGGAAGGUAUCAUCCAAUUGCUGGAGCUGGAAGGUCUCGCCGACGCGAUCAUCGGAACCCCGGAUACCGGUCUUUCAGUCGAAGAGAGAAAGCGCGUUACCAUUGGAGUUGAACUGGCUGCCAAGCCGGAGCUGCUUCUCUUCCUCGAUGAGCCUACCAGUGGACUUGACAGCCAGUCGGCGUUCAAUAUCGUUCGUUUCCUGCGCAAACUUGCCGCUGCCGGCCAGGCUAUUCUGUGUACGAUCCACCAACCUAACUCUGCUCUCUUUGAAAACUUCGACCGGUUGCUCUUGCUCCAGAGGGGAGGGGAGUGUGUGUACUUUGGAGACAUCGGAGAGGACUCGCUCGUGCUGCUAGAAUACUUCCGUCGCAAUGGGGCCGAAUGUCCGCCCGAUGCGAACCCCGCAGAAUGGAUGCUGGAUGCCAUCGGUGCAGGCCAAACUCGCCGAUUAGGUGAUCGUGACUGGGGAGAGGUCUGGCGCACAUCGCCAGAGCUCGUGCAGGUCAAGGCAGAAAUCGUCCAGAUCAAGGCUCAGCGCGCGGAAAAAGUUCGACAGGACGGCGACUCGCAAGCUGUGGUCAGGGAAUAUGCUACGCCGCUGUGGCAUCAGAUCCAAGUCGUUUGCAAACGGACCAACCUGGUCUUCUGGCGGUCGAGGAACUACGGAUUCACGCGGCUCUUCACGCACGUUGUCAUCGCCCUGAUCACAGGUCUCGCGUUCCUGAAUUUGGACGACUCUCGCGCUUCUCUCCAGUACCGGAUCUUCGUCAUCUUUAACGUGACGGUGCUUCCGGCGAUCAUCCUGCAGCAAGUCGAGCCCCGAUUCGAAUUCUCCCGGCUCGUCUUCUUCCGCGAAUCAGCCUGCAAGACCUACAGCCAGUUCGCCUUCGCCCUCUCCAUGGUCAUCGCCGAGAUCCCCUACAGCGUCCUCUGCGCCGUCUGCUUCUUCCUCCCACUGUACUAUAUCCCCGGCUUCCAGUCCGCCUCCAGCCGCGCCGGCUACCAAUUCUUCAUGAUCCUCAUCACCGAGAUCUUCUCCGUCACCCUGGGCCAGAUGAUCUCCGCCCUCACGCCCAACAGCUUCAUCGCCUCGCAGAUCAACCCGCCCAUCACCAUCAUCUUCUCCCUCUUCUGCGGCGUCGCCAUCCCCAAGCCCCAGAUCCCGGGCUUCUGGCGCGCCUGGCUCUACCAGCUUGACCCCUUCACCCGCCUCAUCAGCGGCAUGGUCACGACCGAACUCCACGACCGACCCGUCGUCUGCGCCCCGCGCGAGUUCAACCGCUUCCAGGCCCCCGCCGGCCAGACCUGCGGCGAAUACAUGCAGCCGUUCUUCGACCGCGGCGGGUCCGGGUACCUGGCCGACAACGCCACGCGGGCGUGCGAAUACUGCGCCUUCAAGCUCGGCGAUGAGUUCUACAGUACCUUUUCCAUGGACUUUGACACCAGGUGGCGCGAUCUGGGCAUCUUCCUUGCGUUCAUUGGUUCGAAUCUGAUUAUCCUGUUUUUGGCAGUAAGUGCUCCGAAUCUUGCGUUGUGUGGUUAUACGGACGCUGACGAUGCUCACAAACAGUCGCGCUUCCUGAACUAUAACCGCAGGUAA